UCAGGUCAAUAGGUGAGGCAAAAUGAGGGAAAAAUGACUGUUGCUAUGAAAAAAAGGUAAAGUUAAGUAAAACAGUUUGGAAGAAACCAUUGUCACAUCCCUGCAUCCGGGGAGCCCACCCCACCUCAGCUGCAUAGUGAGGAGAGCCCAGUCCAGGCAGCCAGCAACCAGCGCGUCUCUGCCUACCAAUAGGCAUGCUCGGCUCAGGAUCUGUGCAGUGCUCUCAGUCUCAGCAGCAGAAGCUGGGCGCAGGGGAACUGCGACGCCUAACAUCCUCUCAGUGAUGGCCUCUGCUGAGCAACCGUGCUCCAGCUUCCACCAGCAGCACUGCGCAUAAGGCAACACACCCACCUUUGCCCUCCCGCCCAGGAGUGAGAGAAACACCACCAUGUACAGCGUGGAGGACCUCCUCAUUUCGCACGGAUACAAACUGCCCAAGAGCGGGCCUCCGUCUGCUGCGUCUUACGAUAAGCGCCCCGCCGACUGCCAGCGAGAACUUGUGGAGAACAGGGCCAGCCGGGGGACGCUUAACGGGUACGAGGCGGAGAGGGGGGCAACCAUCACGGGCAUCUACAGCAGCAGGCAGGCGCUAGUGAAGGGCUACCCCACCACGGAUGAGUGUGUGGAAAGGAACCAAAGGAGGAAAGAAGCUGGGAUUGGUAUCCUUGGUGAUGUUCAGCUCCUGGGCGAUUCUCUUGCCACCGAUAGCGGAUUCUAUGAUGUUCCUAGUUUGACAUAUUCAGAGCCACUGAGCCAUGAUGAACGGGAUAUUUCCUACUGGAGGAGGCGAGGGCAGGACUUCAGCAUUCUUCUGGACUAUGCUGAUGGCAGGGAGCUGAGGGCCUCUGCUGGGGCAUGGAGGCCGCAGGCCCUGAUUACAGCAGAGGAAUACAGGGCGGAAAGACAAGCGCAGCAGUUAUGGGAGGAAAUUUCCUGGUUAAGGGACCCAGAUGCAGGCCCCGGUCAGCUAAGGGUUACCGGGGAGAGGAAGUGCCAAAGCCUUGGAACAGAGGAGUGGAAGCCUGCUGUGGGAAUGGGAAGGCAGCUGUCAGAUGGGGAUGGGGAAAGAUGGGCUAAGGACCAGUACCGUCUAAGGACACCUGAGGGUUUUUUUCAUCCCAGAGCUAAAGCAAAGUCUCAGUCACUCCCAAGAGUUUUGUCUCCUGAUGGAACACACUGCAGAGAUCUUAUACUAUCAAGACCAAGCCUGCCUGACAGGCAAAGGUUUAAUAGUACUGUUUUCUCUGGGCCCUAUAGUAGGUAUGUCUAUGGUGGGGGCAGAAAUGUUUGGGGUAGGAAUGUCGGUCCAAGCAGCCAUGUUGCACUUUUACCAAAGCCCAGGUUUAGUAGGCCCUUAAAGCCUCCUUCAUAUGAGAUACACCAGCAGACAAGGGGUAGCGCAGAAAUGCUUGCUAUAGACCAGGGUGCCAAACAAAAAGACAGAUCUAUCUAUUAUCCAAGGGGUGGGGAGCUGAGACAAGACUAUUACGCACAACACUCUGCCAUCACUGGAAUGGAGCCUCCUGGCUACAUUCCACCCCCUUCAUAUAAAAGAGCCCCACCUCCAAGAGCACUUUCAGUCAAUCGCAAUGAAAUGGCAAACUUAAGGUGGAGGGCACAAUCUUUGCAGAUGCCCAGCUCAGAUCCUGGAAGGUGGCUCUCCAGACAGAGAAGUGGCUCAUGGUUGGAAUAUUAUGGAGAACGUAGUGCGUCCUAUCGAAAACUGGUACAUCCUGGACCUGAGGAACAACCAGUUCAGGUUCGUCAGUUGCCCGUUGAAGACCCAAGAGUAAAACAAAUCUCAGGAGGGCCUGGCGGACAUUCUCUCACUGACUUAGACAAGCUCCGCAACAUCAACAAAGAGAUUCCGUCCGCUAAGACUCUAGGACAAUCUACAAAUGAUAGUGCCUUUCCUCCCCAGCAGGGGCCAGCUCCCAAUACUGAAGCCAACAAAACCGCUCCAAAUGACAACGAGAGCAGCAUUCGAUGGUGCAACAGGGGUAUUAAAAAGAGUGAAAGUGUAGGUCCUGAACAAAAUCGUCCAAUUAUUUUUCCUUCAUCUUUUCUUGGUAAACCACCCCCACCCCCAUGCAAACCGGCUGACCAGGGUGUAUCUGAAACUGUAGCAGAGGUUAAAAAGGUAGAACAGCAUGAACCACCAGAGAAAGAAAAAACUAAAAAUCUAAAAAAAAGACUCAGUGAAACAAUUUUUUGUUUAGUAUCUGUCCCUGUUACUCCGCAGCUCACUGGGACAAUCCGUGAUCAGAAUAACAACAAUGAAAAGUCACCGGACCCAGCAGGGAGUCCUAGUGACAACAAAACUGGCCACUUAACAAACCAAAGUCUCCAAAGCACAUCCUCAGCUGAAGCUGAACUACAGGCUCUAACUGGUAGCUUUGCAAGCAGCAAAACAAGCAGCAGAGCAAGCAGCAAAAUGUUUAAAAAAUUACCCUGUCGACCCCCUAAGAUCAAUCAUUAUAAAGAACUGAAGUUGUCAGGAACCUGGCCUGCAAACCAGUAUCGAGAUCAGGAGACUCAGACAAGCCCAGAGGCUCGAAAACCUGCUACUGAAAACAUGGAAGCACAACAAGAACCUGUUCCUCCUGCCACUGACGUUUCACCCGACAGCAGUGCUGUAGUUGGCACUGCCUUCAGUUUUCCUAUAAAGGGAGUUAAGAGCUUGAAGCUGUCAAGUAACAGCGCCUUCUCUCUGACCUCCACCUUCUCCAGCCAGCUGAACAAGAGCACAGCUCAGCAGCCAGCAGUACCAGCCUCAGGAAAUGUGGAGGAGGCCAAACCAGCAGCAAGCAGUGAACAGUUCCUGAUAAAACCCAUCACACAGCGACCAUGGGAUGCUGUCAAAGAGCUGGAGAGCAUGAAAAAAGAAAUUCAAGAUCAACAGCAACAACAGAUCAGCAAACAGCAAAGUGUUGACAAGUGCAUAGAGGACCUCAACGAGGCCUACAAAGACAUCUUAGAGCUAGGCACUGCCAGCAGUAAAGUUCCAAACGGUUCAGUUCAAAUUCCAGAACGCAUUAAAAUCCGACUAACAUCAGAACCUCUUAACAAGCCCAGCAGCCUUAGGCGCAGUGCAGUAAGCUGGUCUGUUGACCCAGAAUACAGAGAAGUCAAGAGUGCCUUCUCUAGACCCGCAACAAAGUCAGUGACGUUCAGCAAACAGCUUAGGGAAGAACUCCCAGUCCCACCCCGAGAGACGGGAUUCAGAGAAUACAGGGUUGUUGCUCAUCUUUCCCGUAGACGGAGCAAUGAUGGCAGGACAGUGAAGCUAGACCUGCCAGAUGAGCCUAUCGAGACACCACUUUGUGACUUCAGUCCAACGACACACAAUGCAGCAGCUGAGGUACCGUGGGCAGAUAGACAGCCCAUGCAAGAUGCCUCUACACUUACCAGUCCUCCGGAUUAUGAGGACAUAUGUCAGACUUUACGUCAAUCUAAAGACUCUGCAGAUGGAAAUAGAGUGUCUGCAGGUCAAUCUAAACCCAACGACACAGAGGCUCUUCAAGAUCUCAGUGGUGAAUCUGAAGAGGAGUGCCCUAUUUGUAAAAGAGAGCUUGAGAAUCAGAUGAGACAGGGUCCAUUGCCUCCACUUCAUGAGGAGAACAGCUCAGACAGCUCGGCAAAUCAAAAUGGCAGCCCACCACAAUGUGCUGCCUUAGAAAGUCCAGCAAACGACUCAAAAACCGAGGAACCAAAAGACUCAAGUCUUAUUCAGUCAGGGUCUGACCUCCAUCCUGAAACACUGGAGCAGCAGUCAGUGAUGCAAGAUGCUAUUGCCUGUGAGAAAGCUGGAGAUGCUCAGGCAGAAAACGUAAGCAGUUUUUGCACAGUUGAAUCUGCUGAGGGCAAACCAGAAAAUAUAGCUAAUGAUGAUGCCUCAGCAUUACAAACUGAUCAGCCUGCAAACUUGCAAGUGACUGAGGAACAGCAUGCUAAUGAAACUGUAACUAAAAAAGUAGAGUUAGAUAAAGAGAAAGCUUUUUCAGGAAAAACACCUGAAGGUGUCAUAGUCAAAAAGAAAACCAUAGUGAAAGGUGAGAGGCAAAACAAUACAUUGCCUAAAGAAAAGAAGGCACAAGAGAAGAAGUCAGUUUCCGUUCCAGAACUUCGGUUUAGUCUUCGAAGUCAUUUGGGGCGGGACCAUUCAGGGCUACCUGAGUUUCCGCCAGAUAGACUGCCACUCUCAAUUCCUCCAAACCUAGACCGUAGAUUAUCACUAAGCUUGGAAGGGGAGAAGAGGACCAAAGGACCCUCCCAGCGAAUUGAAGCAUUGCAGAACAAACUGGCUAUUUCUCCUGGUCAUGUGCCAGCUGAAAGACUUGCUAGGAUGAGGGAGGUGGACGUUAUAUGUCGGGUAAGGCGCCUGAGCAUCCGGAGUACUGACUCUGGGGAGGGGGAAGCAGAAGGGGAGGGCAAGGAAGACCACGUGGAGGAGCUCCACCAAGUACCACAGGAAGGCAUAGAGAACAAUCAAGAGGUCACACAUUCACAGCAGGGAGCUGAGAAGACAGUGUUGCAAGAUGGACAGCAGUCAUCUUUCUCAGAAACCCCUGAUCCCAUCCGAGGGGGAACAAAGUAGACAACAACUACGUCCGUCAUUUCAGAGGUUUUUAGCUCCAACACUGUGACCUGGCUGCCUACUAGAAUGCCUUCAUCUCAUCUCAAUACUGAAAUGGCCUUCUUGUCCGACAAGAGCAUUGUGUACACCUUCACCUCCGGCGCUGCAUUGACUACUAUGAGUGCUGUUCCACUGCCAAAGGGAGGUGCCCUGCAAACCUGCAGGGCAACUUCCACUCCAGAUCCCUCCCCAGCCUUCCUAAACUGACUUCCCACCUCCCCAUCUGUCCUCCACUCCCAACCCCAUCCUCCUAUAGCGUUUCUACUAGUUAGUCUUCUCGUAGCGGCUUAUCCUUUUCUAUUCUAUUCUCCCGAUGCUUUUCUCAUUAGCAAACAUUAUGCAAUUCUGUCAUGCAUACCAGAGCUUCUAAAGUGCGGGGAGCGAAUAAUCCUUUUCGCAUUCUGAACAAAGGUUUUUGUUUACCGGGGAGCAGUUUAAGGAUAUGAAUGUAAGUGUUUAUGUUAAAGUCAACAUAGAUGUUGGAGGGUUAUUUUCACAAACCUAAUUUCGUUGCAUUUAAACUACACCAAAAUAAACUGCAGAUCUGAUUGUGGUCAGGUGACAGUUAUUUUUAGAACUGGACAUCACUGUCUUUGGCUUAAGAACUGUUUUAAUUUUUAGAAGAUAUACAUGCGCCUUUCUUUCUUUUUUGAAGAUUUAAUGACAUUUUGCCCGCUCUCAUUGCUUUUCCACAAACUGCAACCUUAACCCAUAGAUCUCUUCAGUGAAGAGUUACUCUAUAUUACAUGGCCUGAUGGAUCAGUUGUCCAAAUAUGUGUCACAUUGGUUCCUCACAGGACAGGAAGAGUUGCCUUUCUUCUCCACCUUCGUAAAUCCUGGUCGGAUCAGGGGUAGUCUUUAGAUACAACCUGAUCAAUUCAGUGUAAAAUUCAAAUUUCCAGGUAAUUUCAGGAAGCAAUAAAGGCACAGAUAUAGUUGGUGAUCAGUGACUUUGGAAAACAUUAAAGUUGAACGUAGGGAUUUAGAACAAAAAAGGAAAAGAGAAAAAAAGAUACGUAGAGCAAUAUUGUUGUAUUAACAGCCCAGUGGUGUAGUGGAGUUACCUGUAGGAACCAUUAUCAGAAGUUUUAAUGUGAACAAGUCAUUCAGAUCAUAUUACAGGGAAAUGGAGUCAUGUCAGGGUAUAUGGGCGCUUAACAUAGGGUGGGUGCUUUUAUUCAUGAUAUAUAUCUAUCUUCAUACAUCUGUGAAACAACAUUUCACUGAAUAUUUAUUUUUUUUAAUCAUCAAAUUGGUAAUCGGUUUGCAUAAUUGUACAAAAUAAAGUAUAUUUUAAAUAUUUUAAGAGAAAUUUUGUAUUUAACCAUGGAAUUUUAUUUCUCCGCGCUGAUAUCAAGCUAAAAGUGUCAUAUCUAUGUACAGUAUCAUAUUGAGAGUAUACGUAAUUUUCUAGUGCUUUAAAAAAACUAUCAUUUCAGAAGGAUGACCCUGUUGUGUGCCUUGAUCACACGAUUUGGAUUCAGUGAGUGAUAGGGUUCAUCACUGCAAGGUUUGACAGGACGGAAACUUUCUGAUUGUGCCAUUAUUUACGAUUUGAUAGUGCUUUUUCAUAUGCUAACAAAGUCAAUGUUGGACGCUCUUUGUGAUAUUCGACUCAUUAAUCCAUCAAAGCUGUAUUUUCUAUGUUGGUGGUCAAACAUGACCUAUGUCUUUAUAUCUUUGUCUUUGUAUGUCUUCCAAUUCAUGUACUGUUGCGUUGUCGUUUCUCAAAACAUGUUAAGAAAUAAAUUUUGGAUUUCUUUCAUUUCUUCUUCCCCCCACCCAUCCUUAUUACCAUCUUUUUCCUAAGUACUCUGUCUUUCUUUCAUUGUUCCUCCCAUGGCACGGCGUGUUCUCUUGAUGUGAAAUGUUCUUCUGUCAUCGACAUCUAUUCCACUACAGGAUACAAUGCAAUAUGCUACUUUAGACCGCAUAUCUGCAAAUCAUACAGGCUGAAAUUCUGUCACAUCUAAGGGUUUAAAACAAUUGUGAUCAAAAAUUAUUUUGCAGUUAUGUGGUUUUGCUACAUCAGAACCAUUGCACUGUUGUAACCUACUAUCUCCAGAACUGUAGUUUAAUCACUUAUCUGUUAACACCUAAUUGUUAUGUAGCAUUUACAGCUGUAGCAUUGGAUCAACUCAGAACCUUGUCUCGGUAUUUGGAACAUUUCUUGUAAAUUUGGACCACUCAUGACGCCUUAUUAUGUGUGCAUUACAUUGUACUACAGAGAAAUGCCAAAUAUUAACGUACUAAGCACUGUUCACACCGUAGUUUUUUUUUCCAAGUUAUUUUUACAAAACAACUUACUGACCUGCCGCUCCUCUGAGUUGAACAGUAAAGUAGCAUUGUGAGUACUUUCUGCUUUUCGUUCUGUUUAUCCAGAACAUAGAUUCAAAACUGUGAAAUCCAAAUAAAACCAAGAGAGUAACAAUAGAAAGACACAUGAUAAAAUAUAUUGCUUGAAGUUUCUAGUGAGUAUAACAGGGAGGACAAGCUGGCUCCCCUAUAUCUACUAACACAAUACAUCUUUGAUUCAUUUUGGACACUGGAAGGCCUGUGCCUUGGUCUUAUACUAAAACUGCCCCUAACUACAUUUUAAUGAUUUCUCUACAUACGCACCCAGCCCCUUCCGAUUGGCAUGUCAGGUACACUUGAACAUAGUGUCAUUUGACUUUUUGUACUACAGGUUAUGUGCAGACAUGAAGUAAUUAUGCACACUUGUAAUAUUUUCUAUUUUCAUAUGAGAUUUAAGUGCUUUUUGUACUCACUGACAUCUUUUUUUCUUCCUUGCCUGCAAUGCAAGAGAGUGGAGAAAAAAAAAUGUUUUUCAUAAAGUAUAUUUGCAUUUGGUACUCUUAACAGUGAAACCGGUGGGCAAGACAUCAUGUUUCAUAAUUUAAUUUACAAAACUAUGCCAAGUAUUUAAAAGCUAUUUUUAGAGGGAAUCAAAACAGAGCUCAUUCAUUUUCUUUUUUUCCUUUAAGACAUGCCUUUAUCUUUGUAUCUAUAAAUACAAGCAUAAUCCAUAGUCAUACGAUUGUGCUACUGUUGUAUGAUACUGCAGUCUGAUUCAUAAAUAAACUCUUUG